UAUCUGUUUCUCCUCUGCUGUCGCUCUGACACACACACACACACACACACACACAGAGGGAGGUAGAUAACUCUGUGAUUCCACUGCUGAAUUUUUAACGCUGUUGUGGAACUUUUUUUUUCCAGGCGGGUUACUGUGGCACCGGGGUACUGUUACACCGACAGAGACAGAGAGACAGCUUCAGUUCAGUUCUGCUGUUUACUGAGUCUGGACGGAAACAAGACUGUUCAUGGGGUGUACGGCCCGUCCUGUCCUGAUGCCGUUACCAUAGCAACAUGACCCUCAACACCCAGAGAGAGAAGGAGCCCCUGCGGCGGCGAGGAAGCACGCCGAUUCCUCCCGCCCACUUCUACCAGCACCCGUCCUGGACUCGGGACCCUCGGUUCCCCGGCAGUACCCAGCCGGACCCAGAGCAGCCCCGCCCCCAACGCAGCCACCCUCCUCUGGGACAGUCGGCGUCCUACCACCCUGGAGACAAGUCCCUCCACUACCGCGCCCAGUGGAGUUCAGACUCGGAGGACGACUCGCAGAGUGACUCGGACUGUGUUUACAGAGUGGUGUUGCUAGGCGACCACGGCGUUGGAAAGACCUGCCUCGCAGGAAUCUUUGCCGGGAUCACAGAGAAAGAUGAACAACCUGGAGAGGACACAUACGAGCGGACACUGACAGUAGAUGGAGAGGAAACCACGCUCAUCGUCAUGGAUACCUGGGAGAACGACAAACUGGAGGGGGAGGACGGCUCCUUUCAGGAAGGCUGUCUGAAGGUUGGGAGUGCUUAUGUCAUUGUCUACUCUGUCACUGACCGCUCUAGCUUCGAUUCCGCAGCUGAGCUCCGAAUCACAUUGCGACGCAUCCGCCAGGCCGAAAACAUUCCCAUCAUCCUCGUGGGCAACAAGAGCGACCUGGUCCGUUCCAGAGAAGUCGCUGUGGAAGAGGGCCGAGCAUGUGCGGUGGUGUUUGACUGUAAGUUCAUUGAGACGUCGGCGUCUCUGCAGCAUAACGUGGCCGAGCUGUUCGAGGGCGUGGUCCGACAGAUCCGCCUCCGUCGGGACGGCAGUGAGGCCGUCCAGCGCCGACGCUCCAUCUACAAACGCAAAGAGAGCCUUUCCCAGAAGGCUCGGAGAUUCCUGGACCGGCUAGUAGCACGCAACAACCAGCGCAUGGCGGUCAAAGUGCGGUCCAAGAGCUGCCAUGACCUGGCCGUCCUCUGAAGACACGUGUCCACCAGGAGCAUCAGGUUGGACUUUCUUUGACUCGUUGAAGUUCUCUCUGGUUGUGAUACCGUGGACGAUGGCAUCUGCAGUGAUUUUCAUGCUUAGCAAGUCAGCAGCAAGCAAAGUCAGCAGCAGUUGCAUACUGUACGUAAGCCGCUGUGAUCACUGUGACCGAAUCAUUUUCCUGUUUGACCAUUUAGUCUCAAAAUUUUGUGACUUUUACUCUUGAUGACCUAAAUAUAAAACAAAUCAGACUGACUGUAACGGAUCGUCACUGUGGGGUUAAAGGUUGGAUGAGUGUUCAGUGUGUGUGUGUGUGUGUGUGUGAGACAGGUGACCAUUCAGGAUGUCCUGUAGUUUCCACUGUGUCCACUGUGCUGUUCUCCUGAGGUUUCUACUGUUUUCAGUUCAACACUGUGCAGAAUAAAAUAAGAAUAAAAGGAA